AUGGGAGGACAAUUAGUAACUGUAGAGGUUGCUAGAGCUCUCACAAUGGGCGCCUCAAACUAUAAUGAGAACACCGACAUAAAUCCUGAUAUGCAUGAAAACUUUGCAGUUGGGAUCAUUGUGUUUCUCUGCGCACUGAUAUCUUUAUUGGAUUUUCUGUCCAUCCUGCCAUGGAAUAGCAUCCAGAGGUCACAUGAGCACCGCAUAGCUAAAAUACUGGCAAAUAUGGGAUUGAAGAAAGAGUGUAUAAAAGCAUUGCCCUGCGUUAUCUACAGUGAAGUGAGAUCAGUUCUGAAUGUUGCAGAGUGCCCCAACUGCUUGUCAGAGUUUGCAGAGGGAGAAAUUUUAAGAGUUUUGCCAAAGUGCAGGCAUAGUUUUCACAAGGAUUGUAUGGAUAGAUGA